AUGGGGAUUCCAGGCCGUCUCCAUCGCUCAUCCAGGUACUACUGGGGCAGAGACCAGCCCAUCUGCACUAGGGCCAAGAGUGCAGGGAUCCUCCUGCUGAUGACAUGUCUUUGGGGCUUGGCAAGCUCAUCUUCUCCCCACGUGGUUGACGUUCGCCUGGUGAACGGCCCCAGCCACUGCGCCGGGCGAGUCGAGGUGUUCUACAAGGCGACGUGGGGGACGGUGUGCGACGACAACUGGGGGUUGUCGGAGGGGCAGGUGGUGUGCAGGCAGCUGGGAUGCGGCGCGCUGGUGUCCAUCUCGCACGGGGCCCGCUACGGAGAAGGCACGGGUCGGAUCUGGCUGGACGAGGUGAACUGCACGGGGGCAGAAGCCGCCCUCUCCCAAUGCGAGGUCAAGUCAUGGGGAGAGCACAACUGUCAGCACGCGGAAGACGCCAGCGUGGAGUGUGCAGACUCGGGCAUUUCAGAGCUGGGCCCCCUCCAACUGCUGGACGGCCCCAAUCGCUGCGCGGGGAGAGUGGAGGUGCUGCAUAACCACCUGUGGGGCACCAUUUGCGACGACAACUGGGACCUCGCGGAUGCCACCGUGGUGUGCAGGCAGCUGGGCUGCGGGACCGCGCUUUCGGCCACGAUCGGGGCUCACUUUGGCAGAGGCAAUCACAAAAUCUGGCUGGAUGAGGUGAACUGCACUGGCACAGAGGCCUCCCUCUUUGAAUGCCAGGCCAGUGCUUGGGGAGAAAACAAUUGCUUCCAUGGAGAGGAUGCUGGAGUUAUAUGUUCAGAUGCCAUCAUUUCAGAGACUGCUCGACUCCGGUUGACAAAUGGCUCAAACAGCUGUGCUGGCAGAGUCGAGGUGCUUCACAAUGAGGAGUGGGGAGCUGUGUGUGACCAUGGAUGGGAUAAACGUGAUGCUGAGGUCGUGUGUCGGCAGCUGGGCUGUGGGACAGUGCUGUCCACCUCGAGCGAAGCUCACUUCGGUGCAGAACCUCUCCGCACCUGGCUGGACUACAUGAGCUGCACAGGGUCAGAAACAGCCCUUAAUAAAUGCAGGGCAAGUCCAUGGGGAAACAGUAGCUGCAGUCAUGGAAAAUACGCCACCGUGGUGUGUUCAGGCUCGGAAGUUUCUAACAUUGCUCCAGUCCGACUGGUAGACGGCCCAGGUCGCUGCGCUGGGAGAGUCGAGGUGCUUCAUAACAAGAAGUGGGGGACUGUAUGUGAUGACAGCUGGGAUUUCCUGGAUGCCGCAGUGGUGUGCAGGCAGCUGGACUGCGGGGUGGUGAUAUCGGCUCCCUGGAGGGCUCACUUUGGGCACGGACAGGACCCCAUCUGGCUGGACGAGGUGAACUGCACGGGGACAGAGGCUGCUCUCUCCGAAUGUAAGGCCAAAGACUGGGGAGUCCAUGGAUGCGACCACGGAGAAGACGCCAGUGUGGUGUGCUCAGGAUCAGGUAUUUCCGACCUAGCCCGUCUCCGCUUAGCGAACGGCUCAACCGAAUGUUCAGGAAGGGUUGAAGUAUUUCACGACCAGCGCUGGGGAUCUGUGUGUGACGACGGCUGGAGCCUGACCGAAGCCCGCGUGGUGUGCAGGCAGCUGGGCUGUGGGCCAGCGCUCUCCGCCAACCGCCCUUCCCCUUCUGGAGACGAAGCUUCCCUGAUAUGGGUGGAUGCCGUGGAGUGCACGGGGUCGGAAGCUGCCCUCUUCGAAUGCAAAGUCAAGCUCUGGGGUGCCCAGAGCUGCAAAUCUAAAGGAUACGCGAGCGUUACGUGCUCUGCAGCUACACCUUCAACUGCAGAUUUACAGCCGACAAAUUCAGAAGUCCUGCGCUUGGUGAAUGGCCCAAAUAAGUGUGCUGGGAGGGUUGAGGUGUUUCACAACCAGCAGUGGGGGACGGUGUGUGACGACAACUAA